AUGAUCAGGAGGCAAGCCCAACCCGUUGCCGGAGGCGACAGAAGCAGCCUGUGGUGUCGCAGUUCCACUGAGAGCUGGAUUGAAAGAUGUCUCAAUGAAAGUGAAAACAAACGUUAUUCCAGCCACACAUCUCUGGGGAAUGUUUCUAAUGAUGAAAAUGAGGAAAAAGAAAAUAAUAGAGCAUCCAAGCCCCACUCCACUCCUGCUACUCUGCAAUGGCUGGAGGAGAACUAUGAGAUUGCAGAAGGGGUCUGCAUACCUCGCAGUGCCCUCUACAUGCACUACCUGGACUUCUGUGAGAAGAACGAUACCCAGCCUGUCAAUGCUGCCAGCUUUGGAAAGAUCAUAAGGCAGCAGUUUCCUCAGCUAACCACCAGAAGACUCGGGACCCGAGGACAGUCAAAGUACCAUUACUACGGCAUUGCAGUGAAGGAAAGCUCCCAAUAUUAUGAUGUGAUGUAUUCCAAGAAAGGAGCUGCCUGGGUGAGCGAGACAGGCAAGAAAGAAGUGAGUAAACAGACAGUGGCAUAUUCACCCCGGUCCAAACUUGGGACGUUGCUGCCAGAGUUCCCAAAUGUCAAAGACCUGAAUCUGCCAGCCAGCCUGCCUGAGGAGAAGGUUUCUACCUUUAUUAUGAUGUACAGAACACACUGCCAGAGAAUACUGGACACUGUAAUAAGAGCCAACUUUGACGAGGUUCAAAGUUUCCUUCUGCACUUUUGGCAAGGAAUGCCGCCCCACAUGCUGCCCGUGCUGGGCUCCUCUACGGUGGUGAACAUCGUCGGUGUGUGUGACUCCAUCCUCUACAAAGCGAUCUCCGGGGUGCUCAUGCCCACCGUGCUGCAGGCUCUCCCUGACAGCUUAACUCAGGUGAUUCGGAAGUUUGCCAAGCAGCUGGAUGAGUGGCUAAAAGUGGCUCUCCACGACCUCCCAGAAAAUCUGCGAAACAUCAAGUUUGAAUUGUCGAGAAGGUUUUCCCAAAUUCUGAGACGGCAAACAUCACUAAAUCAUCUUUGCCAGGCAUCUCGAACAGUGAUCCACAGUGCAGACAUCACGUUCCAAAUGCUGGAAGACUGGAGGAACGUGGACCUGAACAGCAUCACCAAGCAAACCCUUUACACCAUGGAAGACUCUCGAGACGAACACCGGAAACUCAUCAUCCAGUUAUAUCAGGAAUUUGACCAUCUCUUGGAGGAGCAGUCUCCCAUUGAGUCCUACAUCGAGUGGCUGGACACCAUGGUGGACCGAUGUGUUGUGAAGGUGGCUGCCAAGAGACAAGGGUCCCUGAAGAAAGUGGCGCAGCAAUUCCUCUUGAUGUGGUCCUGUUUUGGCACAAGGGUGAUCCGGGACAUGACCUUGCACAGUGCCCCCAGCUUUGGGUCUUUUCAUUUAAUUCACUUGAUGUUCGAUGACUACGUGCUCUACCUGUUAGAAUCCCUGCACUGUCAGGAGCGGGCCAAUGAGCUCAUGCGAGCCAUGAAAGGAGAAGGAAGCACUGCAGAAGUCCGAGAAGAGAUCAUCUCGACAGAGGCAGCCCCACCAACCCCUUCACCAGUGCCAUCAUUUUCUCCAGCAAAGUCUGCCACAUCCGUGGAAGUGCCACCACCCUCAUCCCCCGUCAGCAAUCCGUCUCCCGAAUACACCAGCCUCAGCACUACAGGAGCGAUGCAGUCAUACACGUGGUCUCUAACAUACACGGUGACGACAGCUGCUGGGUCCCCAGCUGAAAACUCCCAACAGCUGCCCUGUAUGAGAAGCACUCACGUGCCGUCUUCCUCCGUCACACACAGGAUACCAGUUUAUCCCCACAGAGAGGAACAUGGGUACACAGGCAGCUAUAACUAUGGAAGCUAUGGCAACCAGCAUCCUCAUCCAAUGCAGGGCCAGUACCCGGCUCUUCCUCAUGACACAGCUAUCUCUGGGCCACUCCACUACUCCCCGUACCACAGGAGCUCUGCACAGUACCCUUUUAAUAGCCCCACUUCCCGGAUGGAACCUUGCUUGAUGAGCAGUACUCCCAGACUGCAUCCUACCCCAGUCACUCCCCGAUGGCCAGAGGUGCCCACAGCCAACACGUGCUACACAAGCCCAUCUGUGCAUUCCACGAGGUAUGGAAACUCUAGUGACAUGUACACACCCCUGACCACGCGCAGGAAUUCUGAGUAUGAGCACAUGCAACACUUUCCUGGUUUUGCUUACAUCAACGGAGAGGCCUCCACAGGAUGGGCUAAGUGA